CUGAAAGCAGCUCGUACAACCCAGUAGCCCAGCCUUGACUGAACAUAUUGAAAUCGCACACGCACGCACCCUACCCUAACUAACAGAGGAGCCGAGGCGGGGCCAUGGAGCUGUGGAGAAUGGACGAACUGUGCCUGCUGAAAAUAUUGAAAUGCCUUGCUCUGCCUGACCAGCUGGCCAUGCUCCAGUGCUUCGAGCGGUGUCGCCCACUCCUGAGGCACAUCUGGCGCUUGCAGCUGACCGAGAUUGAGCUCAACCUGCUGGAGGUGCCGCUGCAAAAGGACGACUUCGACUUCCUCCUGACCAAUGGCCGUGCGCAACUGAACGAGCUGAGGCUCAACUAUCUGGGCAGGGAGCAUUUUGAGGUGCUUGUCGGGCACAGCUUUCCCCAGCUGCGGCUUCUGGAGGUCGAUGUUCUGCCUCCGUUCUUCCUGUCCCCGCGACUCUUACAUCAGUUGGGACAGACCAUGCCAAGGUCCCCCAACGACAAUGAGCUGGCCGACAGCGCCAUUCAAUGCAUCCGCAGAUCUACUCAUUGCAUCUCUGUUACAUUUUCAGUUAAUUUUGACCACUUCCAAAUACUGCGUGCCAUCGGCAAGGGAAGUUUCGGCAAGGUCUGCAUAGUGCAGAAGCGUGACAGCGGCAUUCUAUAUGCCAUGAAGUAUGUGAGUCGCACCGCCUGCGAGAUGCGUGGAGCGCUUGGCGGUGUCAUCAAGGAGGUUGAGCUGCUCUCCUCACUGGAGCAUCCGUUUCUCGUCAAUUUAUGGUUCUCGUUUCAGGACGAGGAGGACUUAUUCAUGGUAUGCGACCUGUUGACUGGUGGCGAUUUGAGAUAUCACUUACAGAACCGAGUUGAAUUUUCCGAGCAGAGUGUGGCCUUAUUAGUGUGCGAGCUUGGCAGUGCGCUGGAGUACCUGCAGACGCAGCGGGUGGUCCACAGGGACAUCAAGCCAGAUAAUAUUCUAUUGGAUGAUGGCGGACACGCUCAUUUGACUGAUUUUAAUAUUGCGACGAGGCUGCAGAAGGAUGCGAUGGCCUGCAGCAUGUCGGGGACGAAGCCGUAUAUGGCGCCGGAGGUGUUUCUGUGCGCCCUGGACGAAGUGGCUGGCUAUAGCUACCCAGUGGACUGGUGGUCCCUGGGCGUUGUGGCCUACGAGAUGCGCAGCAACGUCCGCCCCUUUGUGGUGCACUCGAACACGCCCUUGGCGGAGAUCAAGAACAUCCUGAACACGCCAGUGCACUAUCCCCGCUAUUGGAGCAACAACUUCAUCGAUCUGCUGCAAAAGUUGCUCUCCACUUAUCCCGGUGGCAGGAUCAGCACUCAGCAGGAACUGCAUCAGACACCGUUGCUGCGGAACAUUGACUUUCAGCAGGUGCUCGACAAGAAAAUAAAGCCCAUCUUCAAGCCACCCGAAGAUCACCUGAACUGCGACCCCUGCUUGGAACUGGAGGAGAUGAUUGUGGAGACUCGGCCGCUGCACAAAAAAAAGAAGCGUUUGGCCAAACAGCGGUCGGCCCAGCGAGACAGCGACCCCGAGACCGUGUUGAUCAAAGAGUUCAUCGUCUACAAUCGCUACAAAGAGCUCAAGCGGAAGGCCAUGGAGCAGAAGGAGAACGACUGGCAGCGUGAGCUCGAAUUGGCCAUGGCCAACUCCAUAGUCAACAGCUUGGCCCCCAUACAAGAGAGGCCCGCCUCGUCCACUUCCACGUCUAUUAGCCAUGCAACAAACCCCGCGAUCAGCACUCCCAAUCCCGCUCCCGCGCCCACGCCAGCAGCCACGAAUUCGCCAUCUGGCAACACAAGGUGCUCCGCCUGCAAAGAGAGUGAAAGUAUUGAAUUCAUUGACCGCACGCCGUCCCCGCAGGGCACAGGCGGCGGAGCUAUAACUGCCACCCCGACACGGCUCAGCAGCAUGUUGGACAAGGCAACGAGCACGGCACAAAAGUAGUGUUAAACUACGAUUAGCACCCGAACCCUCCGCACGGAACUAAUAAUACAUAUGUGCGUAUGUAUCAUCGUAUGGAAACGCAACAGGUUUCACUGCAAACACAAACAAAAGCCCCACGCCCCAACCCCCCACCACAUAGGCCUGCACACCGAACCGCAAGAUGAUUUGGCUGGCAACCAUCCAAAGAGAACCAGAACCUAUUUUUCGAGUUUCGCUGAAUUUCACCUUUGUACGUGUACUUGUAGAUGUAAAAUACAUAAAUACAAAUAAUAUACGUAUGUAUAAUUUGAUAUAUUUUAGGGUAUUUCUAUUGCUUAUCUAAGUCCUAGGUCUAAGUCCCCUUGUACAUAUGUGUGUAUGUAUGGUUAGAUGUUAGCUGAAAUCAAAAUAAAUGUAAAGAGGCACUGCACCAAGCGGGGUUUACCUCUACUGGAAUAUGUUCGGAAGAGCUCAAUAAAACUCGCAGCGUAAUUUCGAUUUUUUUUGAAGUUUUUAUUUCAAGUUAUAUUUCAUUCAUGUUUCACAUAUUUUUUGUAAUGCCUUUCUUUGUAUAAAAAAGAGUAAAUAAUUAUGUUCUGUAUGUAUAAUUGUUGUAUUCACGCACUUGUUGAUCUCUCGUUAAAUAUAUUAGUUUUGGGUUGGUGUUAUUAUUGGGUUCUGUGUCUGUGUCGAAAGUGGCUAAACACUAACCAAAUUACGAUAAUAAUCUAAUCCCCUUCUGUAUAUUAUUUUAUCAGCAAAAUGCAACAUGUUAAUAGUUUGUUAAUUUCUCUGGUUCAAUCCGCGAUCUCUCGAUUUCAUUUGUGGGCUUUUACUGUUAUGUUAAUAUUACAUUUUACGAAUAUCAUUUUAACAUCUUUCACCCAUCAUUCCCAUCUCACCCACCCCGCCGUCAGCAGCUCAACUGCAUUGGGGGGUGUGGUGCGGUCGGAAGAUGGUCGCUGGGUCUCGUUGCGAAGGUGAGAAAAUAGAAAAGAAUCAAGAAAGUCCCCAGCAUGGGGAACGUUAACUCGAGAAGCGUUAAGAGCAAGUGUGUGAAUGAUUGUUUCUCAGUAGAAAUCGUGUUCCACUCUGCAUUUGUGGAAGGAGUAUUUCAAAGAUUCAAUUAAGUUGAAUAGCUUACAAGGUUUAACGAAUUUUCCUUUUGUUUUUUUUUAAGCAAAAACAAAUGCAAUUGUUUAGAAAAGCGUCAGUUAUGUGUGUGUUCUGUUCUCUUUAGAAAAUCUGCUUUUGCUCUUCUCUUUUGGUUUUUUUUUUUUGUUUGUUGUUAGAAGAAUGAAGGAGAAGAAACUACAAGCUGCAAAAAUGAUGUUCCGAGUAUGUUUGUGUGUGUGUUUGGGAGAUGAGUGUAAGUGUGUGUGUGUAUGUAGUGUGUCUGGAGUUCGGCUUAUGCUCAUUUUUUGUUUGUUAUUUUUCGGCUUUUUCUAAACAAAAUGUUACUUUUUUUCGUUGAACUCCAUGCGUGGCGCUGCUGGCGGACAUCCGCCGCAGCCGUUUGGUGGCUGCGCUAA